AUGUGUCUUUUCUUUUUUUUUUUCUUUGUCGUUCCUUUUCUUCUUUUCCUUUUCUUCUUUUCCUUUUCUUCUUUUUCUUCUCUUUUCCUUUCCUUUUCUUUUUCUUUUCUUUUUGUUUUUCAUUCCUUCUUCUUUUUCUUUUCUUUUUCUUUUCUUCUUCUUUUCUUCUUCUUUUUCUUUUCUUUUCUUUUUUUCUUUUUUUUUUUUUUCUUUUUUUUCUCCUUCUCUUUUCCAUUCCUUUUCUUUUUCUUCUCUUAUCCUUUCCUUUUCUUUUUCUUUUUCAUUCCUUUUCUUCUUCUUCUUUUCUUUUUCUUCUUUUGUUUUCUUUUUCUUUUUUCUUUUCUUUUUCUUUUUCUUUUCUUCUUCUUUGUCUUUUCUUUUUCUUUUCUUUUCUUUUCUUUUUCUUUUCUUACAUCGCGUUCUCCUCCUUUACCUAAAGAGGCUAUAGGAAUCAGUCUGCCUUGCUAUUUUACCGAUCUCUAUGGCUCUUCCCCCUUUCCCUCUUCCUCUAUGCCACUCUGUCUCUCUUCCUCUCUUUCUAUCUUCCUCUAUCUCUCUAUCUCUCUCUUCCUCACUCUAUCUCUCUUCCUCAACUGCUCUAUCUCCACCUUCUCUCUCUCGCUAUAG